AUGACUUUGCUUCCCGCCAGUCUCCUCAUCCUCCUCUGCGCGCAAUUGGCAAGCAGCCAGCCCACCAUCUCCUUCCCCUUCAACUCUCAGUUACCGCCCGCCGCCCGCAUCGACAAGUUCUUCUCCUACUCGCUUGCGCCCUCUACCUUUACCUCGAGCUCAAAGAACAUCUCAUACUCGCUCGGCGAGCAUCCCGACUGGCUGUCCAUCGAGAGUCAUGAACGCCGCUUGUAUGGCACGCCAAAGGACGCAGACGUCCCGUCGGGCGACGUGGUUGGACAGCCCAUCGACAUCAUCGCCAAGGACGACACGGGCGAGACGACGAUGAAGGCCACCCUCGUCGUGGCGCGAAAACCACCCCCCGAGAUCCAGAUUCCCAUGGCCAAGCAGAUUGACAGCUUUGGCAAGUUCUCGGCACCCUCGUCCAUCCUCUCGUACCCGUCGGCCGACUUCAAGUUCUCGUUUGAUCCAAAGACAUUUGGCGACCAGGACCUCAACUACUACGCCACCUCGGGUGAUGGCAGCCCGCUGCCGGCCUGGGUCCAUUUCGACGCCCCUUCCAUGACCUUCUCGGGCAAGACGCCCCCCUUCAAGUCUCUGGUCCAGCCUCCGCAGUCCUUUGACCUGAACCUCGUGGCCUCGGACAUUGUCGGCUUCGCCGCCUCGUCUCUCUCCUUUUCCGUCGUCGUCGGCAGUCACAAGCUGACGACGGACCAUCCCAUCAUCUUGCUAAACGCCAGCCGGGGCUCCGAACUCAAGUACAGCGGCCUGGAGAAUGGGAUCCAGCUCGACGGCAAACCCGUCGCGCCCGGCGACAUGAAAGUCACGACCGAUCGCUUGCCCGACUGGCUUUCUUACGACCCCGAUACGCUCAGGCUCAAGGGGACUCCGGGCAAGGAAGACCACUCGACAAACCUGACCAUUAGGUUCCACGACCCAUUUGCCGACACCCUGGACGUGCUCGUCGAGAUCCAUGUCGCGUCCAGUCUUUUCGAGUCCACGCCCGACGACAUGGAGCUGCGGCCGGGCAGCUACUUCGAGUUCGACCUGGCCAAGCAUUUCCGAAAUCCAGACGAUCUCAGGGUUGACGUGACGACGAGCCCGCACGAGGACUGGCUAAAGGUCGACGGCCUCAAGAUGUCGGGCAAUGUGCCCAAGUCGGCCAAGGGUGACUUUAAGAUAUCCAUCGUCGCGCGUUCAGGUACCUCCGGCAUCAAGGAAACAGAGGCCUUCAGAAUCAGCUUCCUCGCCCUCGACGGCACGACUGCUGUUCCCAAGAAACCCACGUCUCCAACACCGACGGGCACGUCCGAAUCACACGCGGCAACCGUGGACUCCAGCGACGCCCAAAUCGGCCAUCUCAGCACGGGGGAGAUUCUGCUGGCCACGAUUAUUCCCAUCAUAUUCAUCACCAUCCUCCUCAUGCUACUCAUCUGCUACGUGCGCCGCAGACGCGCCCGCAGGACAUAUCUAUCCAGCAAGUACCGCGCGAAAAUGGCAAACCCCAUGGCGGCGAGUCUCCACGCCAACACUCCGGGGUCGUCGAUGCGAGAGAUGGAAAGAGUAGGAGGCGCUGCGUUUGUUGGAACGCACUCGUCGAGACCAGUCCCGUUGGCUCACCUCGAGGCUAUUUCCCAGUCGUCGAGACGGCGUUCCUCGGAUACCUUGCACCGUCAGUCGGAUGGAGAAGCGCCGCGGUCACUGCUGAGCGACGACGCGACAACGGCGACAAUGGGGAGCAUGGACGACAGCUCAGACUCUAGCGACGAUGACCGAGAAUCGUGGGUGACGGUGGAGGGCGACGAGCCCCAGGGGCUGGCGGAGAGGAGCCACAACCUGGCGCGGAGGAGCCACAGGUCAGACACGACGUUUCCCGAGUCGACGCACCAGCUUCUGCCGACGCCCGACAUCUUUGCCGAGGCAAGAAAUGGCCACUUUAGAUCCGGCCUGGACGUGACGAUUCCGACGAUAGAGGAUCUGCCCGGCGCACAAGCAUCUCCGGGCACCAUUUACAAGCCGUCCCACCACUACCCGCACGGCCUGGGCGCCCACUCCAACAUGACGACCAGCUCCGUGGCCCUGCCGUCGGUACUGGAGCGCAACUACAGAAUGCAUGCACGCAACGACGCGUCCAUGUCCAACUGGGAGACGAUAGCGGAGAGCGACGCGGGAGAGAGCGUGUCCGAGGUGCGGAGGCCGGACAAGGCGCUGCUCAGCCACAAGGCGGACGACUCGAGAAACUGGUACUACAUGGAGUCGUCGACGGGGAGCAAGAGCCUGGGCACAGACAUAUCAUUUGACUCGACGGAGAACUGGAGGGUGAUUGGCGGCCCGCGGCGGAGCGGCGGGCCGCACCAGUCGUACAAGGACCUUGUCGACGACGCGCCCUUUCACCCGUCACGACCGGGAACGGCGCGGGACGGGGCGCGGCCGGGCGAGCGGGCGAGUCCCGAGCCUCUGUCUCCACGCAGGUGGCGGGACGACGUCAACGCGACGACGGCGCGGCACGGCCCUUCGGCGAGCACGGCCACGGUGCAGAGCGGCCCGGGGACGGACGUGACCAUGUCGGGGGGUAGGGGAGACGCCGGGCAGAUGCUGUCGGAGGGGAGCGGGAGCUUCAAGGUGUUCCUGUGA